AUGAGUCAAAGACAAGAACAAGGUGCAAAGAAGAAUACUUCUUCUUCCUCCUCAUCAUCAGGGGGGUCUUCGGGGAAGAAGCCAUCCAAAUAUCAUAUCAAGAAUAAACGGCAUCAACAACAUCAAUCUGCCCGAAGCAACAAACAUUUUUUGAUUACUGGUCAAAUGUCGGGAACUGGAUUUCGUAGACGGAUUGCUACAGUCAAUGACAAUGAAGAAAUGGAUCAAGAAGAACUUUUGGCUAUUCAACAAGAGGAACAAAUGAAAAGAUUGAAAUAUGGAAAGAGACAAUUAUUAGAUAAUUCAUUUCGAUUCAAAACAGAAGAGGAAGAGGAGGAGGAAAGAACUCCACAAGCCGAAGAACAGAGAGUGAAAGCAAAAUUACAACAUGAAUUGAAUAGAAUGGAAAAGGAAACCAUGAUGAUGAUUUCAAAUAGUAUCACGUUGACUCAUACAUUUGGAUCUGCAACAUCGAGAGGCUUACUUGAGUGGGAAGAAACUGAAAAGGAAGAUUAUUCAACAACACAUGACACAAUUAUGAGAAAUUUAUUUUAUUUGGAUCAGGCAGAGCUAGCAAAGCAAAUUAAGAAUCCACAAGUAUCGUUGGAAGAAAGAUUGGAUUUGAUAGAUAUUUGUGCGUGGAAAAGUGCAUUGUCAAUAUUGGAUAACAAUGAUAAUGAAAUUUCUGAAAAGCAAUUAACAGAAAAGGAUUUCAUACCUAUUGGACAAUUUUUGAGCGGAUCGAUUGAUGUGACAUCACUUGAAGGAAAUACAUGUAGUGACACAGUUCAAGAUGAAGAAGACGCUUCCAUUUCAGAAGACGAAAUGAAUCAACAAGCAAUUGAACCUUCCUCAGAGAAAAUAAGUAAUAACGAAAAUGUUGAAUCCAUUCUCUCUGAUUCAGAGCCUUCAAGUCAACCUAAUAAUAUUUUUGAAAAGAAUGAAGAACGAACAACAACAACAGCGGGAGUGGACAUUUUAGAUGAAAUUGUCCAAGAGUCCGAGAAGCCAAUUGUUACACAGAGGAAUAACAAUACUUAUGCAACGCCAUUCAUCAGCUCAACUAGAUCUGAACCAGUGUUAAAAAUUAUGGACAAUACUGAUGACAUGUUGGAUGACUUGCUUUCUCUUUCUCAAAACAACAUACCUUCACCCAAUGUACAUGCCUCCCCUACAAUCAUGGAUGUGAAAUUUUCAACAUCUAGUAGCAAUAGUGGCAACCACUCAACUGCAACCAUUCAUAAGGUAUCUUUGUCAACUGAAGCCUCCAAACAAACAAAUCCAGUCGUACAGCCAAAAGAAGAAACAAAAGAUUUGGACGAGUGGCUGGAUGACCUAAUCAAUUAA